GCCUCACUGCCCAGUACAACUACUGUGCUGCCACAAACUAGAAAUAGGAGCACUACACAUUCUCAUCUUGGUAACUUGGCCUUGCAAUCGCUUCCUUCACCACUUUCACCACUGCUUUUCCUCUCCUAUAAAUUUUAUAUACAGUAUGAACCAACAGUAUUAUGUAGGGACGAAAACCUCUUCGCUUCAGAGAAAAUCCGCAGGACUCCGACAGUGAGGUGGAACUUCUCAGCGGAGUCCAGUACAGAAGAUUUGAACAGCGAGACUCUGUCCCUGAUGUGGGGCACAGUGAGAGGGAUGCUGAUGAAGUGUGUGGGUUUCUCCUUCUCUCUGUUGGUCCACACAAUAAUCUCCACUCUUCUCUUGGCAUCUGCCACAUUUGACUUGGCUGGACCCUCAAUUACUAAACAGGGGGUUAGAAAAAGCAGCUCAAAACUGUGUACAUGUCAAAGUGAUUCCAGUUAUCAACAUCUCCUUCUAUUCCCCUGGAAGGCAGCCACAGGUGACACUCUGUGUCUCUCUCUAUACCCUUCUUGAUCCGACCUUCUCUCCCAAUGAUAUACUUGAAGAAAACUGAAGGCACAGGCAGCUUCAGUCUGUAGUUUCCAUUGCUGCGCCUCUCUACUCCGUCCACCUCAGUCUCCAAGUCCUCCCCCUCAUCAUACACAUCAUCUCUAUACACUGUCUCCUUCUCCUCCUCCUCCACAAACCCAUCUGAAGGCUCCAGUCUCUCGGCCUCUCUACCUCUUCUCUCCCUCGCCGUCCAAACUCCACGUCUGUCAGUUUCCUGUAGCUACGUCCUCCACUGACCACUAGAGUUGGUCGAAGUAUUUCCUCCACGCCACCACUGGGGUACUGGUAGCUGAUGGUAGUACCACAACUGGCUGACUCUCUUCUCUUUCUCUUCUCUACACUACUCGACAUCUUGGCUGUAGUGCGCAUGCGCGUCGCGCGCGAGAAAGAGCUCAAAACGUGCAUCAUGGAUGUUCUGGAAG